AUGUCUGAAGAAAAGAAGAUCAUUGAAGAACCAGAAAUCCACAAGAUCAGAAUCACUCUGAUCUCCACCAAGGUCAAGCAGCUUGAGAAGGUGUCCCAGAACAUCAUCCAAAACGCUGAGAGAGAGAACCUUUUCAAGAAGGGUCCUGUUAGAAUGCCAACUAAGACCUUGAGAAUCUCUACCAGAAAGACUCCAAACGGUGAGGGUUCCAAGACCUGGGAGACUUACGAGAUGAGAAUCCACAAGAGAUACAUUGACUUGCACGCUCCAGCUCAAUCCGUUAAGAAGAUUACCCAAAUCACCAUUGAGCCAGGUGUCGACGUCGAGGUCACCAUUGCUGCUUAA